CUCGCACCAGAGGGUGACUGGGUCCAUUUUAUAACAAUGCCACAUAUCACCCCGGAUGCUGUAAGGCACUUUGUUAAAAGUAUUGCCGGAGUCAAGGCGGCCUUUCAGAGUACUUUCGGAUUUAUUCUACCAGCACUCAAGAUCGCAACAGCUCGCAAUCUGACUUUAGUACGCGUGGAAUCAGUUGACCUUGGCAUAAUCUUGCAAGCGUUCAGUCUAACUCAGGCAUGGGAUAACAAGGAUCAGGAGUUCCGCAAGCUUGAUGUGGUGGGCUUUAAGCGCCGGUACAUUUACAAUGGUUUGACGUUCGCUGCUCUAGAUACAAGCCACAAACCCCUGGUUGUUUUCCUUGCGAAAUCUCCCCUUGAUGAUAUAAUAAUACCUGGCCCUGUGCUACAUGCACCUGAAGUUUCGUGUAUACGGUCAGAGCUGCAACGACUCGCUGCAAUUGCUUUUGAAUAUCUGUCACAGCUUUGCAAUCCUGUUAGGCAAAAUUGCCUCACGACCCCACACCCCCUUUAGAAACUGCCUUCUACAACUGCUUCAUACUGUUAUUAUUUUAUUUCUGAAAAAGAAUUAGAGAAAAGUCCAAUUCAACCUCAGGUAUACCCACCUCCGAACUCCGUUCCCCCUCCAGCAGAACCUAGCAGGAUCAUAGUCUUCCAUAUAACCUAGGGAAUUGAUGGUGCAAGA